AUGUCCGAACCAGAAUCUCCGAACAAACUCCUCCCAUCACCGGAACCACAAUCUCAGAACGGACUCCAACCCGCACCCGAACCCGAACCCGAACCCAAUCCUCAACCGGAACCAGUGGCAUCACAACAAGUAGAAUCUCAAGUACCAACACAAUUGGAACUGGAAUCUGGAUCAAGACCCGAUCCAGAAGUUAACGAUGUAGUAGAUCUCAAGGAAACCGCGAUCCAUUCCAAUGACGCCGGUAACAGUUCUUCGCCACAACCUCAGCUGAAAAAGAAAGACGAAGGAAGUCGAACGUUUACCAUGAGAGAAUUGUUGCAUGGAUUGAAGAAUGAUUCUGAACCGGAGAGAGAAGACGUUAGCUCUCCCUACAGCCAAGAUAGUCAACAGCAGCAGCAUAUAGAGCAGAACAAUGCUGCUAUGGAUUUGAUAAACAGUGUUGUAGGUGUUGACGAGGAAGGCCGGUCUCGGCAGAGGAUUCUUACUUUUGCUGCCAGGAGAUAUGCUGCUUCUAUUGAGAGGAACCCUGAAGAUUAUGAUGCACUGUACAAUUGGGCAUUGGUGCUUCAGGAAAGUGCAGAUAAUGUUAGUCCAGAUUCCACUUCACCUUCUAAAGAUGCAUUGCUUGAGGAAGCUUGCAAAAAAUAUGACGAGGCCACUCGCCUUUGUCCCACUCUCCAUGAUGCUUACUACAAUUGGGCAAUAGCAAUCUCUGAUCGUGCGAAGAUGCGAGGCCGCACAAAGGAAGCUGAAGAGCUAUGGAAACAGGCAACAGGUAACUAUGUUAAAGCAGUUCAACUCAACUGGAACAGUCCUCAGGCACUUAAUAACUGGGGGCUAGCGCUUCAGGAACUCAGUGCCAUUGUUCCAGCUCGAGAAAAGCAAAGAAUUGUUAGAACUGCUAUCAGCAAGUUCCGUGCAGCCAUACAGUUGCAAUUUGAUUUCCACCGGGCAAUUUACAAUCUUGGAACUGUUCUGUACGGAUUAGCAGAGGACACUUUAAGAACAGGGGGAUCAGUGAAUGCUCAAGAAGUUUCACCAAAUGAAUUGUACAGCCAAUCUGCAAUAUAUAUUGCUGCUGCACAUGCAUUGAAACCAAAUUAUUCUGUUUAUAGCAGUGCUUUGCGGUUGGUACGCUCUAUGCUACCACUACCUCACCUUAAAGUUGGCUAUUUAACUGCACCUCCUGCGGGGGCAUUAGUUGCUCCUCAUAAUGACUGGAAGCGAUCAGAAUUCUUUUUGGAUCACGAAAAGCUUCAGCAGGUACCCAAAGGUGAACAGAGGCAAGCAUCUCAAAGUCUCUCAACCAGAUCAGAUACCAUGAAUGGGGAUAAGAAGACUAUCAAAGUAGAAAUAGCUGAUAUUGUUUCUGUAUCAGCAUGUGCUGAUCUGACUUUGCCACCCGGUGCUGGCCUCUGCAUUGAUACAGUUCAUGGAUCAGUUUACUUGGUUGCUGACUCUUGGGAAUCAUUGGAUGGAUGGCUGGAUGCAAUUCGUUUAGUUUACACUAUUUAUGUGCGAGGAAAAAGUGAUGUAUUGGCGGGUAUUAUCACAGGAUGA